AUUUUUAUUACUUUUUAAUUUGUCUUUCAAAAUAUCGCAAUUGUAACUUUAGAGGACAAAUUUCUCACAUAUUUCUUGACUACACAUUAAAUAACAGUUGUAUCAUAGAGUAAAUUAAAGUCAGUAUAGAUUUUUAUGAUUUAAUGUCUGAAGUGGUUGAAAAUGAGCCUACAGAGGAGGAAGAAUCUGAGGCUCAAUCAAUAAUUGAGGAGAAUUUUUUUAAUUAUCUCAAAGAAUUAGAUGAACAAGUAUGGGAGAGAUUGUUUAGAGUUAAAGCAUGCCUGGUGGCACUGUUUAGAAGCCUAGGAGAAUUGGAAAAGUUAAUUAUAUAUAGAUUACUGUACAUCGAACAGUCAAUAAGUGAAAAGCCACUCAGACUAUGGAUGCGCUCACACUCAAUAGGAGACUUGAAGCACUCACUUACAUUAUUGCAAUCAUAUAAGAUCAUCAAUGUAUUAGAAAACACAACAAAUGAUGAGAAACAACAAUUUAAGCUCAAUGAUGAUUUUAAAAAUGGGCUCAUGACACUCCUAUCGGAUGAUUCCAAUUACAAAUAUUCAUACGAAUUGGUUAAACUUGAAUCGAUUAUGGCAUCAACACCAAAAUCAAAUGAACCCAUCAAAAAUGCUAAGAAUUCAGAUCCUGAUAAUGUUAGUGAAGAUAGCCUAAGUAAAACAGGAGGAAAACAGGUUGAAAAUACGGUCGAUGAAUCGAGUGAAGAAACACCUAGAAAUAAGUCGAAAACCGUUAUCACUAUGGCUGACCUGGUAAAACACGCAAAACUGAAGCUAGACUUUAUUCUGCUAUUUCUUGUCUCACCAGAUGCAAGAAAAGGAACAAUGAUUGUGAACAAGCUCUUGAGGAAAAUCAAAAGGCUGAAGAAACAGUCGGGGGAAACAGCAAACGACAAAAAAAUCGAAAAUUUAGAAGCCAAGUUUAAUCGACUUUCGAAAAACUCAGGAGUUAUAAGCCAGGAUUUAUUACAGAUACUGAGGAGGUUUGGAAUGGUAGACCCAGCCAAGAAGAAUUAUAAGACCACCAAGACCGUUGGAACCAAGAUGAGUAGACAGACCCUGAGUUGGUUACUGAAGGAUGUUACGAGUCAGAUGACGUCACUCCUAGUUGGGCACUUGCAGAACCUGGAUAACGGCUACCUGACGAACUGCAAGUCAAUGAACAGGAGUUCAGAAGACUCCAAAAAAUCAUCUUUGGAGUUGAAGGAAGCGUCAUUUAAGACAGUAACAGAGUCUGUUGAGCUUUUGCUGUCAUUGUCUCAGGCCAGUUGCGGAGACUGCUUCUCAACUGAGGGCCUAACAAAAACGCAGCUUAGGCUCUUAAGACUUCUCAACGAACUAGGAAUAGUCUAUUACAAGAACCCUAAAAAGUUUUAUUUGUACGAUUUAUCGUAUAUAGUGGGGAAAACAAAUACAAACACUGGACUGCCAACUAGCAAGGACCUGGAUUUAAGUAUAAAAGCUGGUAACGAUAGCAGAAUUAUAGUGCAGAGUAAUUUUAAAGUGUAUGUGUACACAGCAAGCCCACUCCAAAUAAGUGUUUUGAGUCACCUGUGUGAACUCCAAGCAAGAACGCCAAACCUAGUUGUAGGAGUAUUAACAAGAGAAAGUGUACAGUCGGCGUUUAAGUCAGGAAUUACGUCUAAAGAGAUCAUCAGAUUUUUGUCACCCAAUGGUAUGAAUUCAUCUAUCGGAAACCAGGAAAACACACUACUGAACUCAACAUUUACCUACAGCAUACCAGAAAAUGUGUGUAGACAGCUUAAAAUGUGGGAAUCUGAAAGGGAUAGAAUAGAGUUGUGCCCGUCAAUAGUGUUCAAAAGGUGGGACCAGGAUUUUAUGCCUGACCUCUUCCAAAGAACAGUAAGAUGGGCUCAAAGUAAGAGAUAUGAACUUUUUUAUACUCAGUGGCCAUCAGAUCCACACUCUCCAGAAUACCAAGAAUGGAUUUUGAAGGAAAAAUACCUGGCCUGUGACUUGGAAUUUAAAGAUGAAGUAAUUAACCAAAUUAGGUUAAUUAGAGCUGAUAUUUCAGCUGAAAGACAGGCUAGAAUUAGUGGUGGUCAAUGA